CCGUAGCGACUCUACGACGCGUCUACGGCGUAGUUUAUGUGUUGCCAGCUCAUAAUAUUCGGACAAUAGAGCCGGCGGCGAAAGCAGUUUCGGUAUUUUUCUCAAACGUGUAUCUUCCACAAAAUCGCUGUUGUGACCCCUAACGGACAGUAUGGUAGGAAAGGAUGUCCUUUGUCCCCAUAAAAAGCUAUUAUCACCCCGCGUUUACGUAAUAAUUCCGAACAUAAAUACGAUAAUGAUGUGAAAUGUGUUCCGAUUGGACUGUUUAAUUUGUUUUGCGGUACUCUAAAAUUAAAGUAGGUAUAGUAUUGUGAUGAAUAAUACGAGUAUAUCGAGUGACGUUGCAGUGCGAGUGGAACGAUAUUAAAAAUGGACGAUUGACCGUUGAGUAAUGGAAUUAGAUGUUUUAUUACGACCAUAAGGUAUCGAGUGGACAAAAACGGUGUAUACAACAUGUUGUGACAGCAAACUACAGCCAAUUCGAACUAAAAAUGUGUUUCCUAAAGAGCUAUUACGAUAUAUCGAACAACAGAACUAUAUUAUUUAUGAUAGUGUUGUUGUCAUUGAAACUGUGCACUCCUCAGGACUUGAGCGAGGAGUUCAAUGAAGAUAGCUUAGACACUGAUAUAAGUGUAGUGAUGCCGGUAAAGAAAGUGAAAACGCCGCGAAAUACAGACAUUCCUUGUAGAUUGAGUGAACUUCUUUGUGAUACGGGACAGUGUAUAUCGUUGGAUAAGUACUGUAAUGGUGAAGAUGAUUGUGGUGACAAAAGUGACGAGCCUAAAUCUUGCACACCUUGCAACAGAACGUACAUGGGCGAUGUCGGUCGGACAUACGAACUGGAGGUUCGAAGGCCGAGGGAAGACCAUCUGCCGUUUGUAUGUCAUCUUAACUUCACUGCUAAUGGUGGCAGCUAUGGCGAUAUUAUACAACUAACAUUCGACACGUUCACAGUGGGGAAAUUCGUGUCCUUCACCUCGGAUGGAUGUCCGGACGGGCAUAUGACGAUACUUGAGAAUAGCCCGUCACCGCCCACGGGGCAGUGGUGUGGCUCAGCGUGGGGCUAUACAGUGUACUUCAGUGAAACUGACUCGAUUAAUAUGACGCUUAGGUUGGAUAGACUGAGUCAACAGGGUGUCGGAUACAAUUUCGACUUCAAGUUGGCGUACAAGUUUCUAAAACGGAGUGAGGCACGCUUGCGGUAUGGGAAUGCGACGCUCGGGGCGUGGAGAGGGGAACGUGUUACCGGCACAUAUUGUGACCGCAUACUGAGCGACUGUGAUCUACGUGCAUGUCGAAUACAGUCCCCUAACUUCCCUGGUGUAUAUCCCCGCAAUGCCACGUGCACGUACCGCAUCGAACAUACAAAGAUUCCGGCGGAUAAACAUGUAUUGUUAGCGGUUAGACAAACGAACAGCCAUAAAAUACAUAUCAAAGAUCAGAUAGUGAAGUACGAUAGAAGUCAAAGGGUUCUCAAGAUAUGGGAUCAAUGCAAUGUGGUGCAAGACUAUUUAACAGUAUGGGACGGUCUUACAAGAGAUUCUCCUGUACUUGUACGAUUGUGUGGAGGAGAUGCUGUGCCAGAUAUAGUCAGCAGAGGUCCUAAUAUGCUGCUAGAAUUUCAUACGUCUCCAUACGACAAUCCUUUUCAUCCAGUGCCCAUAAGUUACUUGCCUGGUUUCGAACUUGAAGUUGAGGUGCUGUACGUGGACAAAGAUUCCCAUUCGUACGUGAGCUCAGACGGGCGGUGUCGGUUUGUUUUACGCUCCUCAGACAAGACAAGUGGCGUGCUGAGAAAUCCGCGCCAUUCCCUGCCACCGAACACCUCUUGUGUUUAUUACUUUCAAGGACGUCCAAACGAAAUCGUGUGGGUAUCGUUUGUCAAGUAUCACGCCGCUGGGACGGAGCCGGCGGGGUUCGACCAGCAAAAGGAUUGCUCUUCACAACUCACUAUUUGGGAUGGUGCAGCACCAGACGCUGAUCUUGAUAGAAAGUUGGAGAUGAGUGACAAAAAGUCUCUUCUUGGCUCUUUCUGCCGCGAAGAAUCUCCUCGACUCUGUGAUCAUGCGCUUCUAUCGAACGCCACGCGAGCAACUCGACCAUGUGCACCGAGUGAGAGUUACAUAACUUCUGGACCAGCCCUCACUAUAUUACAGGAAUUGCGUCAAGGUUCGGCAUUGUAUCCCGUCUCUUUCCUACUACGCUAUGAAUUUGUGGACGUGAGUGAACAAGGACAACCACUGGUGGACUCUCAAUCGGCCUGUGACAGGGUUUUCAAGUCAGCACUUACAUAUUCUGGAAGAUUUCAAGCCCCGCGUGCCAUAUUUUACUACGGGAGAGGUGGAGCACAAAAUCUUACAUGUAUACUGAGAUUUGAAGCAAAACAUGGUGAAAGAAUACAGCUAACAUUUACGAAUACGUAUUUCGGAAAUAAAAUUUGUAGUACCCAUAAAGAUUCCCGCACUAGCCGCUGGAAAUGUGACAGGCCGGCUAAAAGGAUUAUAGGGGGCGAAGGAUUGUCACAAAUUAUUAUCACUGAGUAUCCUUGGGAAGGAAUCCCAAUCCAAAGAGAUUGCUUAUGUACGAAUCGUUCUGAGCCUUUGAAUAUACAUACAUUGACAGCUCCCGUUGUAGAAGUAAAUUUUACUGUGACAAUGAUGAAUAUAACAGAAGAUUAUGAUGAUUUCGCUUUUGAAGGCGAAUAUAAAUUUAUUCCUACGGGACCGGGCGAUGAGAACAUAUGCUCUACGGGUUGGGGUGAUCGACGACUUAGAGGUAGUAGUGGAGAAAUUAGAUUGUAUGAUAAAAGAGAAGCGUCUGUUGCACCUGACAUCGUUGGUGACCGACAUGUUAUCUCAGAAAGUGUAAGAGCAGAAGUGGCUUGCGUUCAUCGACCAUGGCUCAUUGAACCUGGAGGCGAUGAAGUUACACCUAUGCAAGGAAGAUAUCUUUAUGUAAAGAUUCCCGGUUACGAAAUAACUUCCAACUCACCAUAUUGCAAAACGCCCAAUCGUUUAUUUAUUUAUGAAGCGCAAGAUACAUCGACUUAUCGGGAAAUCUGUCCUGAUAUCGCUAAUAUUGUUGAAUUGUAUUCUCCUGGUUGGAAAUCAUCUCAAACAACAAUAGAGUCAUCACUCAAGCCACACGCCCGCAGUUACGUCAUAGAUUUCUUACAACACGAACAGGCCGACUACUCAAUAAAAUGGAUAGAAAUAAUGAAGAAACCUAGUAUUGAACAUGACCCAGAUACAAAUAUUUUACCUUCUACUGCCACUCUCGACUGCCGUUUUAACUGUCCGGAGCUAAACGCUUGUAUUCCUAUUUCGUUAUGGUGUGACGGCAGCGCCCAUUGCCCUUCCGGUUACGAUGAAGAUGAUUCCAAUUGUUCAUUUAAACUAUCGUUACCACCUCCAUACGUUGCAGCCCUCGCCGGCGUCGGUCUCCUCAUAUGCGCCAUAGCUAUCGCACUUUGCGCUUGUAAAAGACGUCGAAGAAAAGACAAGGAAUUCAAAGCAAGACUGGAUGGAGCAUUACCACCCGAAGAAAGACCUUAUGAACAUGCUAAAGUCAACGGUGUUCCUGAAGCCGCACAGCAAUACGCUACAGUACAGAAAUAUGCCACUAUAGAUAAAUACAGUUUGAGUCAAAAAUACAGUGCUGGAUUAAAUGAUGCCAGAUAUUAUGAUGAAGUGGCACAACGAGAUAAACUCGCUGAUACAAGGUAUGCUAGUUUAGGCCGUGGUGGUAGAGGACUUCGUGUUGAAAAUAACAGAGGUAACGGUUCUAGAAGAGCAAUGCCAGAUCUAGGUUAUCCAGAUUUGAAAGAUGGUUUCUGUUGACACUCUCCAGAUUUAUUAGAAACGACAGUAUAGCAUCUGAAUUAUACUGUCUCAUUACAAGAAAAAUCGUGCUGAACUGUAGAUUAACUACAAAUUCAUGUUUCUCUGUGUUUAAACUUCAAUGUUAUUUUAAUAAAGUCCUAAGGAAAUGUGAACGUGGAUAUAGUAAAGUGAAACUUGUUAUAAUCGUAUAAAAUUAUAAUGAAGACUGAAUUGGCGAAAGUGCCUCCCUAACAGAUUUGAUCAGAAGUGCACAAAUCACUUGCUACAUUAAAAUCUAUUAAAAUAUUAAUCUAUUAGAUUGAUGUUUUCCAUUCAUUUCAUUGUCUAUCGAAAUAUUCAUCGCUUGAAACCUAUUGGAGAUAGUUUUCCUAUAAUAUAAAUCACUUUGUACAUACUCAUAUGACAUAACUGAACUGGCUAUGGUUACUAAUUGCCUUCCGAAUAGUAAGUUAACCCAAAUAUUUUAUUUAACAGCAUAAUUUAUUGUAAUCACAUCAAAUAACAUAUCUGAAUGUAAAUAAAAUGCUUGACAAUACGAUUUUAAGAUACAAGUUAAAUCAAUAACAUUGUAAUAUUAAUGUGUGGUUAGGAGGUAAAACAUUGAAAUUUUACAAUUUGGAUACACAAAUAAUUUAAUACGGUACUAUUAAGAAAUUGUUUCUUUUAUAAUGUUGGUGAUUUUUCAUCGCAAUUGUUUUGUUACAUUCGCGAGUUUGUUAAUUUAAAUAAAAUGUGAAUCUGUAAUGAGAAUCUAGUUUUAAAAUGAAAUGUGAUAUAGAUUGUAAAAAUGAUAUAGAUAAAUAAGUCAACAAGAACUGUAUAACUUGAUAAUGUGAAUAAAUUUCCCUUAUAAUAUGUACCAUAUAGUUUCUUGAUAAUACGUAUGUAAAUUUAUCUGAUAAGUAUUCAAUAACUGGUUGUAAAUAAAUUAUAAUAUAAGAAUUUUUAAAGUCUGUAAGUAAUUUCCAAGUAAAAGGAAUAAUAAAGUCAUUUCUAAAAAUAA